CCCCCCGCCGGUUCCACCGCCCCGCCCACGUGACCCCCGGGCGCGCAACACCGCCCCGCCCCUGGCGCGCGGCCCGGCCCCGCCCCGCGCCGCCCGCGCGUGCGCGGCGCUUCCCGCCAAAACCGGCGUGAGGGGAGCGGGGUCCUCGGCCACCAUGAACGGGGCGGUGCUGGCCGGGACCCCCAUCGCCGUGGACUUCUGGAGCCUGCGCAGGGCGGCCGGCGCCCGCCUCUUCUUCCUGUCCCACAUGCACUCGGACCACACGGUGGGGCUGUCCAGUACCUGGCACCGCCCGCUGUACUGCUCCCCGCUCACCGCCCGCCUCCUGCACCACCGCCUGCAGGUGCCGAUGUGCUGGAUCCGGCCGCUGGAGGUGGGGCAGAGCCAUGUCGUGGGCGACGUGACGGUGACGCUGAUCGACUCCAACCACUGCCCUGGCUCCGUUAUGUUCCUUUUUGAGGGCACCUUCGGCACCAUCCUCUACACAGGAGAUUUCCGCUACACGAGCGCCAUGCAGGGCGAGCCGGUGCUGAGGGGCCGCCACAUCGACCGCCUGUACCUGGACAACACCCACUGCCACCCCCAGCGGGCCCUGCCCUCGCGGGCGCUGGCCACCCGCCAGGCUGCCCACCUCAUCCGUGCCCACCCGCAGCACCACGUGGUCAUCGGUGUGUACAGCCUGGGCAAGGAGACGCUGCUGGUGGACCUGGCGCUGGAGUUCAGCACGUGGGUGGUGGUGAGCCCCUGGCGCCUGGAGCAGAUGCGGCUGCUGGAGCUGCCGGACGUGUUCACCGCCGAGGAGGGCGCGGGCUGGAUCCGCGCCGUGGACGUCGCCGAGAUCUGCUGGGACGCGCUGGUCACCUGGAACACACAGCACCCCACCAUUGCCAUCAUCCCCACGGGCAGGCCCGUGAAGGUCACCCACCCCAACAUCCACCUCAUCCCCUACUCGGAUCACUCGUCCUUUGAGGAGCUGCGCGAGUUUGUCAAGUGGCUGAAACCCUGCUCCAUCAUUCCCAUUGUGAAGGGUGACGUGUGCCAGGAUUACUUUCAGGAAUACCUGAGCUCUGCUCCCCAGGUACUUCCCGACUUCAAAGUCCCAAAGCCCGUGCACAAGUGUGGACAGCAGCAAAGCCAAAGGAGGGGGCACAAACCCACAAGUCUCUGGAAAACAUCCCCGGGGAGUUCUGUGCCCCGAGGGGUCGUUUAUGAGUCCCCAGAGAAAAAUACUGAGAAACCUGAAGCGUUUACACAUGCUAAGGUUCCUCAGCACUCCUGUGAGCCAGGUCUCUGCUCAAAAGAAGCCUGCACUUGUCACAGGGGUGAGAGGGAACAGCUGGGAACAGCAGGAGCAGCACCUGCUUCCAGUGAGCACCUUGCAACUGGAUUUGCAGAGCAGUAUUUACUCACUCCCUUAAAUGUCCUAAAGCAGUUUUCUGCACAGAAGUUUGAUCAGCUGGUAGAAGACUUUCUUCGGGAGGGAGACACGCCCUGAAAAUCUGUGUGACGUUGCUGGUGCUAGUGCAGCAGGUAGCAGUGUUUCAUUCUGCUCCAUGCUCAGGUUUCCCAUUAGGAGAGAGGAGCUCGGCUCUGGGGCUCUACUUUCUUUACCUCUUUAUAGAGGACAAAGAGGAAACUAGAGCCAGUUUGUAGAUGGUACUUCCUAAAAACUUACUUAUUUUUUUAUCUGCUGUGUCCCCACACUACGCUGGGCACUGUGGUCCCACUGUCUGUGUGCCUUGUGUCCACCUUUUGCAGUGACUUGCCUGUCCCCUGUUAGAAAAGUCACUGAGAGGUUGAUUCAAGCAGAGCUGCAGAGGGUGUGAGCUGUCUGCAGCUGAGUAAUUGAUAGCUGGAAUGUAAUUAAAGGAGCAAGGGAGGGAAUCUGAGAGCAUCAAAGAUUCUCCUUUCUGUUAAGUCUGUGAUA